UCUUUUUUUCAGGUCAUGAGCCUCAAUUGUUCCUUGUGGCAGGACGACAGCGUGUCUGUGAAACACUUUGCAUUUGCCAAAUUCUCUGAGGUCACCGAACAGUGUUUCCUUUUAUUUACCCUCAUCCUACUCAUAUUCUCAGCAUCACUGACAGGCAAUGCUCUCAUAGCCUUUGCCAUCUGGACCAACCCGGUCCUCCAUACCCCCAUGUACUUCUUCCUGGCCAACUUGUCUCUUUUGGAGAUUGGCUACACUUGCUCUGUCAUACCCAAGAUGCUGCAGAGCCUUGUGAGUGAGGUCCAAGGAGUCUCCCAGAAGGGUUGCGCUACACAGAUGUUUUUCUUUACAUUAUUUGGUAUCAGUGAGUGCUGUCUUUUGGCAGCCAUGGCUUUGGACCGCUAUGUGGCCAUAUGCUCCCCACUUCACUAUGCAACACGAAUGAGUCGUGGAGUGUGUGUCCAUUUGGCAAUGGUUUCUUGGGGAGUGGGAUGCAUUGUAGGCUUGGGCCAGACCAACUAUAUUUUCUCUUUGAACUUCUGUGGCCCCUGUGAAAUAGACCACUUCUUCUGUGACCUCCCCCCUAUCCUGGCACUAGCCUGUGGGGAUACAUCCCAUAAUGAGGCUGCAGUCUUUGCUGUGGCCAUCCUUUGCAUUUCCAGCCCAUUUUUAUUAAUCAUUGCUUCUUACAGCAGAAUUCUAGCUGCUGUGCUGAUCAUGCCCUCCCCUGAAGGCCGCCAAAAAGCUCUUUCCACCUGCUCUUCCCACCUAUUUGUAGUAACACUCUUCUAUGGCUCAGGAUCUGUCACCUACUUAAUGCCCAAGGCUAGCCAUUCACCAGGGAUGGAUAAACUCCUGGCCCUCUUCUAUACAGUGGUGACUCCCAUGCUCAAUCCUAUCAUCUAUAGUUUACGGAACAACGAAGUCAAGGCAGCUCUUUGGAGAACUCUGGGUAAGAAAAAAGUUUUGACUCAUGGGUAG